GCAAAGCAGGCCAAGCAUAUUUUUUUCGCCUCUAUAAGAAACCCUCAAUCCGUAAGGUUGGUAAUUCAGAAUACAAGACGAAGAAAUCAUGUCCGACAACGAUAAUCCGGCGAACUAUGCAAUGCUGGAGGAGGCAGUGGGGGUCCAUCAGAAAGCACUGGACGAUCUGGUGACCGUGAACUCGCUCUUCACCGCCGCGGUCUUCGUGGGCUUGGCGUUCGCGAGCAGUGGACAGCAGAACAUAGAGGGCAACAAGCAAUGCGAAGCGGGAAUUCACGUGGCGAGGAGGCUGGUCAAGAACGAAGUGAUAUCGUUCGCCUGCUAUCUCUUUUCCAGCCUCGUGGCCAAAGCCCUCAAGACCCACCUCUUCACCUACCUCAUCGUACGGCCCAAAGCCAAGGACAUCAAUAACUAUCGGAGCAAGGCUCUGAGAGUGUCCUUGUUCGCUCUCUCCGCGUUGACCUCCAUCAUCGGCGGCGUGUUGCUCUUGCACACCAUGACCGACAUGAUUCAGCUCCGGCUCGGCAAGGUCUCUUGCAAAGGUCCCGAGAUGAUGCGCGCUUUCGGCACCCUGAUUGCGGUCAACACCAUCGCCUGGAUCAUCUACGUGCCCUUUGUUGGAUACGCCAUCUAUAGAUCCACAGUGAUCUUCGACGGGCUAAAAGAAUAAAAAGAUUGCUCUUCCGAACCAUCGGCAGGUGCAAAAUUCUAAGUUUGAUGCUGUGUCUUUACUUAUAUAACUAGCUACGUAGAAUUGGGAGACGAGUGUUGAAUAAAGGGCGCUUUCUUUGCUUCCCAGGAUGGGAGUCAAAUACAUGUAUUUGCGUUUAUUUGUCAGCUUCUCUCCUUUUUACAAGUUCUGCAACCAAUAAGAGGCAGAUUCACCAA